AUGACGUACCCCUCUAUCAUAACUCAGCAAGGCGCAGCAGAACGUAAUACCCAACCUAUCAUUGACGAGCUCGCCAAACUCAUCGAUCCAAGUACCAAGAGUCAGAUACUGGAGCUUGGGUCAGGGUCAUAUAUCCAUCUAGAAGCAUUUGCAAGGAGAUGGACGAACGUGCAAUGGUGGGGUACAGUGAGAGAUGAAGCUGAGCAGGGAUCGGCAUCAUCAAGAUUAUCUGAAAACAACAUCCUCUUACCUAAUUUGAAUGGACCGAGAAUACUGGAUAUAGAGAUUGAAGAUGAUUGGAAAGCUCUAGGAAAAGCUGUGUUUUAUGGAACAGCAGGUCCGUUCGUGGGAUUCAUCAUGAUCAACCUCAUCCAUUGUUGUCCUCUUGACGCACCUGAAAACAUAUUCAAACAUCUAUCACCGAUCAACCCUUCUAUCGAAACUAAACUUAUAGAUACGAAGAAUGGAUGGUUAGCAGCUUAUGGACCGUGGUUGAAUGAUGAUGGGAGUUAUAAAUCUGAUUCUGAUGAGAAGUUCGAUAAAGAGUAUAUCAGAUCGAAAUCCCCACUGCUAGGACUAAGAUCGAUAAAGUCUAUAUCUGAUAUAGCCUCGAAAUGGGGGUUCGUCGAGGAGAGCAGAAGGGAUUUACCGAAAGGCAAUGUAUUUGUCGUUUGGCGUGUCAAACCUUGA